UUCAAGUGUCAGGAAAGUUGCAUCCAUUAUUCAUCAUGGUGGGGCUACCUGACUGAGCAAGGGAAUCAAGCAGGGAGAGAAAAAAAAAUGUUGUGUGUGAAGAAGAAAGGGACAGAGGCAUGGGAAAACAGCAAGAUAAAAACAAACCUUGCACUUUUCCUCUUUCCUCUCCUUUUGAGACUCAAAUUGAACUGUGUUGCUUUCUCUGUUUUUGCAGCACCAGAGAUUCUCUCUAUCCACCCCCUCUUUUUAAGUCAAAGAAGAAAGAAAAAUUGAAAAAAAAAAAAAAAGAAAAGUUAGUAUGAAAUGGGAGAUGAGAGAAAGGAAGAGCCACAGCUCAUGGCAUCUAUUCCCUCCCCAACACAACCCCACCUAUGUUUCCAGAUAUGGAGAGAGAUCAUAGGACAGCCCAGCCACUCCAAAAUUAUAAAGAGAACUAUAGCUGCGGCAUAUUGAAAGCAUAUAGCUACUAGAAAGGGAUCAAAAUCCACAUAUGUGUUUCAGUUUUCUGCCACAUCUGCCUCUCUCUCUUACACAUCACAAAAAACAUGGGCCUGCAAAAUUUGCAAAAUCAAAACAUGAACUUGGUUCUGUCAACUGAUGCAAAGCCUAGGCUAAAGUGGACUUCUGAACUUCAUCAAAGAUUUAUUGAAGCGGUCAAUCAACUUGGAGGCGCAGACAAAGCAACACCAAAGACUCUGAUGAGGGUCAUGGGAAUUUCUGGACUCACUUUGUAUCAUCUUAAAAGCCAUUUACAGAAAUACAGGCUUGGAAAAAGCCAACAGACAGAAAUCUGCCUAAGCAAUAAACUAGAUGAUUACAGAGAGACACAGAGCAGUAAUGGGAAUUUCAGUAGUGACACAAGUGAUGGAACUCACAAGCAGAUGAAAGAAAGCUUGCAGAUUUCUCAGGCUCUCCAAAUGCAGAUGGAAGUACAGAGAAAGCUUCAUGAACAGAUUGACGUCCAGAGACGUUUACAGCUAAGAAUUGAAGCUCAAGGAAAGUACUUGCAAUCGGUAUUAAAGAAAGCACAAGAAACACUGACUGGGUAUAGCUCCUCUUCUGUUGGUGUUGAACUUGCUAAAGCUGAACUCUAUCAACUAGUCUCAAUGGUUAACACCGGCUCCGCGAGUUCUUCAUUGUCAGAAUUGACAGAAGUAGGAGGUUCAAGCUCAAAAGAAAUUGAGACAAAGCCAAUGAGGGGUACUAUAUGUUCCAUGGAGAGCUCAUUGACAUCUUCCGAGAGUUCUGGGCUAAAGGACAAGGAGCCACCAAAAUAUGAGAAUAUUUGUACACGGAAGUCUAAUACUUCUGUAGAACUUUCCUUAAUGGACGUUCACCCAGAAAACAAGCCUUUGAUUAGUCGCUCAAGCAAUCAAGCUAAUGGAAAGAAAAGAAGUGGGAGUAACGGUUCUGAUGGUAUACGUGUUGAGCAACCACUAGCUAAAAGAUUAGAGUUUCCUGACGAGGCAACUGGUAGUCGUUUGAGAAAGUCUGGAUUGUUGGGGUCAUUUGAUCUCAACAGUCAAUGCCACAAUGACGUUGAAUCAGGUCCAAAAGCAAUUGACUUGAACUGCAGGGAAUAGAUCAGCUCAAUGGGCCUGGUUUGGAACUUCUAUGCCGCUUGGUUGUUAGUAAUAUAGUACAAGCAGCGAACUUGAUUAUUUAGAACCAAAUCUUUUGUUCAUAAACUAUGUAUAUUGUCAUAUGUAUUGAAUUCCAAGAACUUUUCAAAGAAUAUCGAUAUCAAAAGAAGGUAUUGUUAGGAUCGAGGGAGCUUUGAGAUCGAUUUGAUAGGAUUAAUGACAGAACUCGUGCCAAUUGUUAGGUAUUGCGCCGAGCUUAGUUUCUGAAUGAACCAAGCUCUGAUACUGGUUUGAUAGCAUUGUAGAAGCUUGAUAUCAGGGGUGGAUCCAAAUGAACACCUAGGGUGUCCACGGACACCCCUAAAGAAUGAAAAACAAGAAAAUUUUAAGAAAAA